AUGUGGCAAGGGUCCAUAGGCGCCCAGGCUUCCUCCCCAGCCCCGCCUUUGCACCCUCCCACCCUGGAGUCAUCCCCCUUUGCUGAGGCAUUAGACUCUGAUCUGGACCCCGACCCUCCCACACCAUAUUGGUGGACAGUCACAGGUGCCAGACGGCGUGUCUCCGUAGAAGGCGUGAGAGACUUCCGCCCCCCCUACGCAGGCCUGAGCUGCGGACACUCGCUCUACGAUUCCGCGAAGCUUCUAACAAUUCUGAUAUUAACAAGCCCCCGAAGGAGCCGCAGAGCUCUGCUCUGCGCUGGAGGCCUAGAAUUCUUGUCCUUUUUAUUCUCCUUUUUUCUUUCAAAGGCUGAGCUCCGCGCAGCUGUGUUUUUAGCACUAGAAGAGCAAGAAAAAGUAGAGAAUAAAACUCCUUUAGUCAAUGAGAGCCUGAAAAAAUUUUUAAAUACAAAAGAUGGUCGUUUAGUGGCAAGUCUUGUUGCAGAAUUUCUUCAGUUUUUUAACCUUGACUUUACCUUGGCUGUUUUUCAACCUGAAACUAGCACAUUUCAAGGUCUUGAAGGGCGAGAGAAUCUAGCCCGCGAUUUAGGUAUCAUUGAGGCAGAAGGUACUGUGGGUGGACCCUUACUAUUAGAAGUGAUUAGACGCUGUCAGCAGAAAGAGAAAGGGCCUGUGAAUGGGGAAGGUGCUCUGGAUCUUUCUGAUGUACAUUCUCCACCAAAGUCACCAGAGGGAAAAACAAAUACACACACAACCUCUAGUAAGAUACCAAGGUAUAAAGGACAAGGUAAGAAGAAGACAAGCGGGCAGAAGUCUGGUGACAAGAAGGCCAACAGUGAGGCCAGUCUGAGUGAUACAGCUAUCUCCUCAUCAGAACCAAAGAGCAAAAGCAGCCUGCACUCACUGACCCAUGAAACAAAAAUUGGAUCUUUUUUAAGCACUCCUACUUUAGAUGUCAAAGACAAAGCUGGCCUUUGUACAGGUGAAGAUGACAUGGAAGGAGAUUCUUUCUUUGAUGAUCCCAUUCCUAAACCAGAAAAAACUUACGGUUGGAGAAGUGAACCUAAGAAGCAAGCAGGAAGUCUGGCCUCACUCUCAGAUGCUCCGCCCUUAAGGAGUGGACUCACCUCUCUGGCAGGAGCCCCCUCAUUAAAAGACCCUGAGAGUAAAAGGGGAAGUACAGUUUUGAAAGAUCUGAAAUUGGUUAAUGAAAAAAUUGGAUCACUUGGAUUAGGGACUGGAGAAGAAGAUUAUGUUGAUGACUUUAAUAGUGCCACCCAUCGCUCAGAAAAAAGUGAACUAAGUAUUGGUGAAGAGAUUGAAGAAGAUCUUUCAGUGGGAGUAGAUGACAUCAAUACCAGUGACAAACUUGAUGACCUCACACAAGACCUCACUGUUUCCCAGCUCAGUGAUAUUGCGGAUUAUCUGGAAGAUGUUGCAUAGACAUGAAGAGAAAGUAUUCAAAUUAACAAUGGACUGAUCAACUCCAUUUUGGGUUUUUUUAUUUUUGGACAAUCAGGUCUUUGCUGGAAAGUAUGCGCCCUGUUGGUGCCUUGCAUUGCAAAAAGACUGCAGAUUUUUAAAAAAGUAACUUUCCAUUUUACUAAAAAAAAUGUGUCCUAAGUGAGCCCAUGUGUGGACGAUUUAAUAUUCUUAUUUUGGUUUAGCUAUACAUUUCUCUCUGGUAAUUAUCUAACUCAAGUUUAUUAUGGGAGAUAAUCCAUUGAAACAUCAAUGUUAAGAUCAUGAAAUGUUUGGUUGGGAAUUUAGCCCAGUGGUAGGGGCCCUGGAUUUGGUCCUAAGUACCAAAAAAAUUUUAUAAAGCCUGAAAGGUGUCAGUGAAGCUGUAGACUUGCACAUCUCUGCGUUUGUGUGGCUGCUGAUACCCAUGAUCCUUGAAAACCAUAGCUUCAGCCAUCUGACAGCAAAGCUUACCUAGCUACUCAGUGUAUUUUUUUAUGACAUUUACUCAAUAUUCUUUAAUAUGUGGGUUUUCUUGUGUUAUGUGAUUUUUUUUGUCAUUUGAAUAUUUUAAAAUGUCAGGAUUUAUAUGACUCAGAAGGCCUCUUUGCUUCCUUUUUGUAACAUUUUUCUUGAUGGGAAGGAGAUAAAAGUAACGCAAUAAAAGAAUACAAAAAUGUGCAGAUGCCUUGGAAAGGGAGGAGACAGUCCAAGUCCAGUAUCUCCUUCUAAACUGCAACAUGCUGUGAUCUCAUAUAUUCUGAUUCCAUGUGGGCUUUCAACAAUCAUUACAGGAUCCCAGGAAACACGACCUGGGUAGGACACAGGAUGAUGCAGACAAGUGGUAUUCUUCCAACACCACAAAAUUGGCUUCUUAAAAGUAUGUAUAACUGUGAGUUUAAAAAAAAAAAGUAAAUUAACACAUGGCUCUGGACCCUGGCUCUCACCUUAGAGAAAACAGCAACCAACUGCUUGGUCAUUAUGCUGAUUACAUUAUGGAUUUAGCCAGCUGUAUUUUGUUUCCUUUAAACAUAACUUGCUUGGCAAAUUCAUUAGGAUUAAGCCCCACGUUCUCUUUUAAUUUGUUGAGUUCAAAAUCGUGAAGAAUCCUGAUAAUCAUUAACUUUUCUUAUGUAAGUCUGUCCAUAACAUCUUUAGGAACAUCCAAUAUCAUCCAGGCCAAAAAUAUGACAAGAAACACAAUGUGUUCCAUAAUUGUGAUGAAUGCCAUCUUGAGAACAAGGACAUGCCAGAAUUGCAUAUUAUGAAAGUAUUUAUUCUCAUCUCCAGGAGUAUUUCUGUAAUCUUUGUACCUGCAAGUUAUGAAGUCUUGUUUAUCCAAAGGUGUGGUUUGGAAAAUCAACUGUCAGGAAUAUUGAUAAGCUGUUACUGACACAUCCAUUCAAAAGCUGUGUGGUGUUUGUUGAGUAGGCAUAGUAGUAAACAGGGAAAUGAUGUGUGAUGUAAAUGCAGUAGUAAAAGCAUUAGUUGCAACAGAAUAGGCAGCCAUUCCAGAAGGAAUGUCUUGCCAGGGCCAAGAUUUAGCUCAGUGGUUCUGCUGCCUGCCUGACAAGCGCAAGACCAGUUUUGUCAAACACCUAUGCUAUGAACUUUAGCAGUUACAGGUCUCCUAAACUGAGUUGCAAGUUGUCAGACAUCUACUUGGAUCUUUACAUUAUUUAAGAGAGCAAAAAGAGGAGCAAAGGAAAAGAGCCACAAAUAGUGUGACAAAUCCAUACUAUUUCUAAGUAGUCA